AUGGAGCUGUCGUCGGUUCGCUGGGUGUCCGAUCUGGUGAGUACCCACAGCUCCUGGAGGACUAGUUUGGACAAAUUCUUUGUCGGAAGAGGAGGAUUUCACCGUACAGUUGCUUUGUCUCCGGCGAACUCUGUAGAUGAUGGACAUUUCUCCGGAGGUGGAUGAUCCGAGCUACAGCUACAUUAACCAAAGAGAGAUGAGCUCCCUCGAGGAGUUGACCCCACAGCAUAUAGCGGCUGCCCUGGGGGACGACUUCCAAAGCACCUUCUCUUCCGGGAGCCACACGUCCUAUCCCACCUUCACAUCCUACGGCAGCGCCGAGGGCAAGACCUUCAGCUGCUCCUCCGUCGAGACCAGCGGCGCUGACCAGACUUCGACGGCGGUGCCGGACGUUUCCUCGCCGAGAAUCCUCACCUUCAGCAGCCGGCCGCUGGUUGGGGGCUUUGCGGUGUCGCCGCCGCCGCCGCCGCCGUUGAGGCCAAAGGAAGAGGCGGGCUUCUCCAUAACUCGUGGCUCGAAGAGGAAUUACGAGACAAUGUUAGCCCAGGGGACGAAGAAGGUCAACGGGGGGGCGAGGCCGCCCUCCCAAGCUCAGGAUCAUAUUAUUGCCGAGAGGAAGCGGAGGGAGAAGCUUAGUCAAAAGUUCAUCGCCCUGUCGGCGAUCGUCCCCGGACUGAAGAAGGUAUUCUUCUCUCCCAUCAAGCUAUUCGUCUUGCUUCUUUCUUCGCUGGCGGUCGGAAUGUGAAAUCUGCCCAAUCGUUGACUUGACCUUCCAAAACACGUCUCGAUCACAAAUAAAUUGAUAAUUUAAUUGCGAUUUCUUAUUGGAGCUUGCUUCAGCAACACCUCGAAGAAAGAUAUGGAGAAAAUCCGUUGAAUAAUGUAGAGACACAGAUCUGGUUUUCACAGUGCGUAUCUCAGAUGACCAAUGAAUUGGAGAAUGAAUUAGAAAAAUUACAGUGUGUCUUCUUCGUCGUUCUACUCAUGAAUCAGAGCCAGAACCAGUCCGUAGUUCUUGCUCUUGACCUUGUUCUCCCCCACUCCGACAGAUGGAUAAGGCCUCGGUCCUCGGUGACGCGAUCAAGUACGUCAAACAGCUUCAGGAGAGGGUGGUAGCCCUCGAAGAUCAGUCAACCAGGAGGACCGUCGAGUCGGCGGUCCUGGUGAGGAGAUCUCAGCUUUCGUUGGAUGACGGCAUCUCCUCCUCCGACGAGAACUUCGACGGUCCUACCGCCGGCACACCGCUGCCGGAAAUCGAGGCGAAGCUCUGCGAGAAGAGCGUGCUGGUUAGGGUACACUGCGAGAAGCGCAAGGGCGUGCUGUCGAGGCUGCUGGACGAGAUAGAGAAACUCCAUCUCACUGUCGUCAACACCAGUUCUGUGCCCUUCGCCAACUCUGCACUCGAUAUUACAGUGACGGCGCAGGUAAAUCCAUUCCACCAUUUAAUCACCCAUAAACAGUCGUCAUCUACAGCUUUUAUGGAAAUUUGACCGAAAUCAUGGGUUGGGUCUCUCAGGUUGAGGACGGGUUCUCCAUUACAGUGAAAGACCUCGUGAAGCAUCUCAACUUAGCUUGCCGCCAGUUCAUAUGA